GAAACGGAGCAGCCAGCCAGACUUACUUAAUACUUUGAAGCAGGCUUCUGCCUUCCUUUAAAGUGCAAGCCGAGCAGAAACAACCCUAGGCAAGAGUGGCAGCACAGGCAAGUUGCCACAUGCAGGGCUUUUCCUGAGUGGAGGAAACAAGGACUUCGCUCAGUGGGAGCCUCUCUCCUCUCCGCUGGGGGGCGCUGCUGUUGCCAAAGUUUUCUUUGCAGGCACUGGGGAGCUUGGACUGUCUGACUGGGACCGGUGUAUGCAAGGCUGGCAUUCCCCGGAGCAGAUCCGUCUAGUGCUCUGGCCCCUGCUGCUAGAAGAGUUUCAUUGCUGCUCUCCAUGCCCUCUGUCAGCUGAGCGGAUGGGGGGAUAUCUGAGGCUGUGAGGUGGGCCUCUGGCUGUAGAAUGGCUGCUUCUUUCCGCUAUGGAGUGACCAUCACUGGAGCUAUCCUGCUGGUGACAGGAACGCUUUGUUUUGCCUGGUGGAGCGAUGGAGAGGUGGGACCCACGUCUAAUAACGAUGCUAUGGCUGUGCCUCAUGGAGAAGCCAAAGUGGUGCCGAACUCCUCCUCCUCUAAUGCACUGCUCAGGUCUGUCAGCUUCUUCUGCUGUGGCAUCGGUGGCAUCCUCCUCCUCUUUGGGCUUCUGUGGUCGGUGAAAGCAAAUGCUCGGGGGAUGUCUCGACACUAUCAGUACCACUUCUCUAGAGACCUACACUACUUCACUGUGGAACCUCUUGAUAAAAGGACAUGCAGUGCCUGGGAUGCCAAUGCUAUCCCCACCUAUGAAGAAGCCCUGAACUGCAGGCCUGCUCAAAGUACCCUAGGUUAUAUACCACCUCAUGGCGCGAAGGAGGAGACUACACCCCCUCUGUAUGGAGACUUAGAUGAGGAUGAUACGUGGCCAGGUUGCCGCAGACGCAGCUCCUCAGACAGUGUGCUGCUCAGGACCAUGCCAUCCAGGAGGGAAACAGAGUCACAGGGUGAGCCCAGCGCGACACCACCGCCCAGCUACGAAGACAUCAGUGUACGUGGUGUAUGAUCUAUGAACUACAUACAAUGCGUUGAACUCAUUGCUGCCUAGUCUGUUUGCUUUGGAGCCUGCCCUUUCCUCCUCUAAAGUAAUGAUCAUGAAGUGAGAGGGGAAACAUAAAUCAGCUAUUCAGAUCAAAAUGGCUUUUCUGUCUUUUCUAGGAGUAAAUCCAGAAUAAUUACAGUAAAUCCAGAUAAUCUCAAUGCUGCUAUUUUCUGAGUUGUGUGGAUAAUCAGUAUGUUUUAAAGCUUUCAUAUGUUUAAUACAAUUACAGAUGAUUGCAAAUAUUUGACAGGUAGCAGGACAGAGAAGAAAAUAUUUUUGAGAACCUAGGAUGCCUGUUGAAAUGCAUGGGGAAAUCUUUACAAGAAAGAUCCAGCCAAGACUAGCAUCUUAGGGUAACAUUUUUAUAAAAGCCUGGUAAUUUAGGUGCCUAAGUGCCAUCUUAAGAAAUGAUUUAGUCACUAAGCAGGCUAAGCUGCAUUGCCACUCGGUGACACCAGCUAAGAUUUUCAGUAGCGAUUUUUGGGUGUCCUGCAUGAGACACCUUAAAGGGGUUUGAUUUUCAGACGGUGCUGAGCACCUCGCCUCUGAAAAACAGGCUCUUAAGGAGCCUCAAGUUGAGCACCACAAACUUGAGACAUCCCAAAUCACCAGUUUCUUUUGAAAAUCUUGGCCUUGGCUCCUAGUGCUGAAUGUACUUUUGACAACGUUUCCCCAAGUCAUUAGGCUCCGAGGUUGUUCUAGUAGAUAAGAACACUGGGACUUGCACUUUACCCAACCAUUGGUCACGAGCUGAAGUGCUCAGCACCUCUGAAAAUCCAGCCAGUAUAGUGUGU